AUGAAGGUAUUACAAUUGACUGCUAUAUUAAUUAUACAACUUAUAUCUGUAUUGAUCUUUUGUAUUGGGUUCUUUCCUUCAAAGAAUGUAUUGGAAGGUGAUGCAGUAUUUGAAAUAUCUUCAGAUGCCCAAUUAAAUGCUAAACCUGCUUUCAAUAAGCUGGUCUUGGUGGUGAUUGAUGCUUUACGUAGUGAUUUUUUGUUUGAUCAAGAUAUAUCACAAUUCAACUAUAUCCAUGAGCUAUCCAAUAAUGGGUAUGCAUGGGGGUUUACUGCCUUUUCUAAUCCUCCUACAGUAACUCUUCCUAGAUUGAAAGGUAUCACUACAGGUUCCACUCCAAAUUUCUUGGAUGCAAUUUUAAAUGUUGCUGAAGAUGAUUCUUCAUCUAAUUUGAAGAAUCAAGAUUCUUGGCCAAUGCAAUUUGCUAAACAUGGUAAGAAGAUUAGGUUCUUUGGUGAUGAUACCUGGCUGAAGUUGUUCCCUCAUGAGAUCUUUACUGAAUACGAGGGAACAAAUUCAUUUUUUGUAAGUGAUUUUGAACAAGUUGAUCAUAAUGUCACUAGACAUCUAGAGAAACAAAUCAAAGAAAAAAACGACUGGGAUGCUCUUAUUUUACAUUAUUUAGGUUUAGAUCAUAUUGGCCAUAAAGGUGGGCCAACAUCAAAAUUUAUGGGUCCAAAGCAUAGGGAGAUGGAUUCUAUAAUUAAAAACCUGUUUGAAACUGUUGGCCAAGAUGAAAAUACACUUAUUUGUGUUAUGGGUGACCAUGGUAUGAAUGAGGUAGGUAAUCAUGGAGGUUCAUCGCCUGGUGAAACUUCAGCUGGUUUAGUAUUAAUUUCAAAGAAGUUAAAAAACUUUGAGGUUCCUUCAGAUCAAAAAGGUGUGAAACUUCCAAUCAAAUCAGUUAAUGUUGCCCCAGAGGAAGAUAAACAGUACAAAUUUUUAACACAGAUACAACAAGUUGAUAUUGUACCGACAUUGUCUGCCUUGUUUAAUAUUCCUUUCCCUAAGAACAAUGUUGGUGUCAUGAUGCCUUCUAUACUAGAAUUAUUAGAUCCAAAAUUGUUUAGAAUUAAGCUUCAAGAGAAUUUUAGACAACUAAUGAUAGUAUCUAAUAAUAAGGAUAUCAGGCAGCUCUACGAGAGCUAUGAUUUUGAAAAUACUGAAAUAAAAGAUAUUAUUUCUGAAAUGAAGGAUAUUCAAGGAGAACUAACAAGCUCAGCUACAAAUUACAAUGUGCCAUUAUUAUAUUUGGGGUUAGGUCUCAUAUUUAUCCUAACUUUAACAAUAUCAUUCUGGUUUUACUUCAGUGUCCUUGAAGUUGAUUUCAAAAAUGUUUUAAUUGUGAUUAUAUCAUUGCUAAUAGGUUUGUCUUCAUUUGCUAGUAGUUUUGUAGAGGAAGAACAUCAAAUAUGGUGGUGGAUAAUUACUGGAUUAAUCACAGUAUCAGCAAUUAAUUUGCCUGAUCAGAAGAUAGCACACUUAGUGAUGUUUGUAUGUGUACGGAUAAUUCGUGGAUGGAAUAAUAGUGGUCAGAAAUAUUCAUAUGAUAGAACCAUCUCUAUCUUAUUAAAUACUGAGUAUGAAGAUUUUCAAUGGUAUUUGAAUAUUGCUACUAUAUUAUAUAUUAUGUUGAAGGAUUCUACUGACAAUUUAAUCUCUUUUAUGUUCUCCUAUAAUCUUGGUUCUGUGUGUAUACUUUACAAAGUAUGUUGGACAAUUAUCAAUCAAGACCAUGUACCUGAACCAAUUUACAAAGCUGCAAUUUAUAUUUGUCGUAGAUUAUCGAGAGACUAUUCGUUACAAGAUAUUUCUGUUGUUGAAGAAAACUUGAUUCCGAUAGCUAGGUUUUUCUUUUAUUCUGUUCUAGCAAUCGUAAUUGCCAUUUAUGGUUCUGCUAAAUUAAAAUUAAUAAAAAACCCGAUAAAGGAUAUCCAAAAAACGUUAACAUUCUUAUUAAUUUUCCAGUCACCAUCGUCAUACAUUGGUCUCUUUAUGGUAUAUGAUAUCUUACAAUCUUCCUUAUCAAGCUUGCUGGUAAACCAAUAUAGCAGCAAUGUAAUGAUUACAUCGACAAUAUCAUUAGUAUUACAAUAUUUUACAUUUUUCCAAUUUGGAGGUACCAACUCGAUAGCUACAGCUGAUUUGACAAACGCUUAUAAUGGUGUUUCUGAAGAUUAUAACAUCUAUUUUGUUGGAUUUUUAAUGUGUGUUUCCAAUUUUGCACCAGCAAUUUACUGGGCAAUGUUCCCAUGGAAGGUAAUCUACAACCAAAUCAAACCUAACAACAAAUGGAAUGUUUUUGCUGAAAAUAAAUUACCAAUCGUAUACUUCAACUGCAUUGCUGGAUGUUUCCUGCUCCUAUCUUGUUUUAUCCUAAGAUACCAUUUGUUCAUCUGGAGUGUGUUUAGCCCAAAGUUGUGCUAUUAUGCCACAUGGAACAUUUUCAUGAACCUGAUAGUCGGAUGGGUUCUUGAGAUAGCUGUAUUAUCCAUGGUCGAUAAGUAA